AUGCAGAGCGGAGCGCCCAGCCCUGCCGCCUGGGUGCUGCCAGUGCCCCUCUGCUUUUUGCUGCUGGCCCGUGCCCGAGAUGAUGGCAGAGGGUUAAUAGUGAACCUCAGAAGAGAGGCCGCAGCGCAGGCCUCAGACUGCAGGAAGCGCCCAGACCUUUCUCCCGGGGCAGGGACAGGCGGCAGAGCUGCCUGCAGAAGGUGUGCCCAGGUGGAGGACCUCCUGCAGCAGGUGGCUGAGCUGUCAGAAGGCUGCCCCAAAACUCCCCCACCGGCACACACAGAAGGGAGGGGGACCAAUAAUGCAGAAGAAUGGAAGCUUGCAACAGCAAGGACCAGCAGGAGGAAGAGACUUUCCCCGAAGGCUGAGGUGCUCUUGCAGAACCGCUUCAGUGCUCUGCAGACUGAAGAGGAAGGACCUGACACAUCAGGAGAGCCGCUGGAGCUGAGUAAGGCAGCCCGAUCUGCUCUCCGUGUAACAACCAGCGCAACUAAGAAAAGGCGAUGGGUGAUAGUAGCAGGCGACUCUCUGCUGAGAGAUAUGGAGACGCCCAUUUGCCGACCUGAUGCACUCCCUAGAGUGGUAUGCUGCCUACUGGGGGCUCGUAUCAGGCAUGUCACCGAGAGACGACCAAGCCUCGUACAGUCCACUGACUAUUACCCACUGCUGUUGUUUCACGUGGGCACCAGAGGAGUAUCAAGAAUGAUUACAGAGCCCUGGGAGUGGCGGGAAGGGACUCUGGAGCGCAGUUGGAUGCCAGUGCCAGGAAUAGAUGCCCAGAGCCUGGAGAAGGAUCACAGGUCAGCAAGAGUGCACCUGAAGAGCAGCACAAAGGAAUUCCAGCCACGGAUAGAUUCUUCCCAGUUAGACAGUCUACGUCCUCUACGGCGUACAAAAAGGACCUGGGUUGUCACCACCAUUGACGUUCAAGAGGAGGACAAAGGACCAUUCCCAAUAUAUGCUGGGCAGGUGUUCAACAACAAAGCAGUUAAUGCAUCAGUAAAAUAUUUAAUCAGUGGACCUGGGGUAGAUCAACCUCCAGAGAUUGGGUUAUUUUCUGUAGGAGAUGAUGCAAAUGGACAUGUGUAUGUACAUCGUACCAUUGACAGAGAAAAGACCUCAACUUUUCAGAUACGUUUUGAUAUUGUGUACAGAAAAACUGGUGAACUAUUGGACCGCCCUUUAUUUUUCAAGAUAAGGGUUAAAGAUAUUAAUGACAAUGCACCUGAGUUUCCCAAGGAAGAAUAUAGCAUUACAAUAAGAGAGAACCACAGUAAAGAUGAGCCAGUUUUCCAAGUUACUGCCUUGGACAAAGAUGAAGAUGGCACUGCCAAUUCUCAGGUGUCCUAUUCUCUAAGUAUGCAAAUGCCCCUUUCAGAUGGAUUCACAUUCAAUGUUGAUCCUACCACAGGAUCAAUACGUCUGUCAAGAUGCCUGGAAUAUAAGACUGCCAACUCUUUCAAACUUCUAAUUAAAGCCAGUGACCAUGGAACUCCCCAGCUGUCAUCUACUGCAACAGUGAAUGUAGCUGUUGAAGAUGCAAACAACUACCUCCCUGUAUUUACUCGUGAUAAUUACCAGCUACAGAUUUCAGCAGGUCAAGAACAUCCAGCUGUAUUACGGCUCCAAGUGCAAGAUGAAGACUCUCCCAACACUCCAGCUUGGAGAGCAAAAUACAGAGUAACAAAAGGCAAUGAGAAGGAACAGUUCACCAUUGAGACGGAUCCAGACACAAAUGAAGGCAUUUUGAGUAUUAUCAAGCCUCUCAACUAUGAAGAAGACUCUGAGAUGACACUUGUCAUUUCUGUAGCAAAUGAAGAACCUUUCUUCUUGUGUAAAAACAGCAUUCUGAUGAUCUCAAGCCUAGAAUCCACGAAUACAACUGUUACCAUAAAGGUCUUAGAGUCACAGCGUGCUCCUAGGUUUCAUCCUCCUAUACUUAUUGUCCAAAAAGAAGAUUCAAUGAAGCCUGGGAGAGUAUUUAGAAGGUAUCCUGCCACAUCUCCAGAUGGUAUGCCAAAUAAGAUAAAAUAUGAACUAGCCCGUGACCCAGGUGGUUGGCUGAGUAUAGAUGAGAAUUCUGGAGUUCUUACUGUGGCAAAAGAAUUUGAUCAAGAAUCCCCUUACGUGAACAACAGCCUGUACACCAUUAUUGUUCGUGCUAUUGAUCAUGGUAUUCCACCGCAGACUGGUACUGGCACCAUCCGGCUUUACUUGUCUGACAUUCAUGAUCAUAUGCCAACAUUAGUGGCUCCUUCUUUAGAUGUAUGUCACAAAAAGGAACGGACGCCUCUCAUUAUAAAAGCUAAGUCUGCUCUGGCCCAUUCACAUUCUGGGCCAUUUACAUUUGAGCUGGCUGAGGACUCUGAAGAUGUGAAGCAUAACUGGAAAUUAGGAGAGAACUUUGUGUCCAGUAUUGUACUUUGCCGGUUUUAUGUGGUGGGAUCUAAAAGCAAAGCCACUGUUCUACUUCAAGAAGGUGAACAGACUUUAAUCAGCUAUAAUGAAGAGAGCAGAAUGUCUUUAUUUCAAGCUAAGCUGGACACUACAGAUCGUGCUGCUCUACCACCUGUGUCUGUGAAGGCUAGAAAAGAAGUGAUUGCUGAGGAUGCCCUGUACGCUAGUUACAAGACAUCCCAAGUAAGACACCUUGAUUACAUCAUGCAGACAGUGGACAAAAUACUGAGUCAGAAACUGUAUUACCAAAACACACUGGAAGAUUACGGGGCCAUCUAUGAACCUUGCAGAUAUGCUGAGGAGGGAGAACUAGAGCGAAGUAAGUCCUUCUGCUCUGUCUGCAUUGGCCGUGAGGACUUGCCUGUUGAUUUUUUGGACACCCUGGGACCAAAGUUUUCUGCUCUGGAAGAAAUCUGUCAGAAGCGAUUUCCAUCACUCAAUUAA